CUGGCAGUGUGAGGAUAGAGUGCUAGCGCUGUGUCUCCAUUACAGGAGCCAUCUUACCGGAGACUCCCUCCUUUCUAUACAUUAGUUUGUGCUUCAGAAACAUGGCCGCCAACAGUGCUUUAAUACUCUGCUGCUGGAGACAAUUUGUGGUCCUCCCGUCAUUGCUUGCUCCGGGGUUUAGAACUCGAUGAUCUGCGGCUGGUUGACUCACGCUUACGCAGUUGGUCACGGUGGGUGUACAAACAUGGCGGACAGACGCUGACUCGCAGACACGCCCCUGAGCGCAGCGGUUGGUGAUUGGUUGGCGGGUUGAGAGGCGGAAGUGACGCUAUGCGCCGAGUCCGAGGGCUGCGUGGUUGCUAGGAGAAGUGAGGCCGCCAAGCCGGGAGCGGAUGCAGAGCGAGGGGCGGCAGCCGGGGGGCCCGGGACGGCGCCAGCUUGGAGGGUGAGUGGGACACGCGGUACUGACUGAGCUCGCACUCACAGCGUUGAGAGUAAGCGGAGUGUCCUUACAGUCACUCACUGGCUACCAGCACUGCCACUAUUAUCACUACUGCCACUAUUAUCACUACUGUCACUAUUAUCACUACUGCCACUAUUAUCACUACUGUCACUAUUAUCACUACUGUCACUAUGAUCACUACUGUCACUAUGAUCACUACUGUCACUAUCACUACUGUCACCGUCACUACUAUCACUGUCUACCAGCACUGUCACUAUUAUCACUAUCACUACUGUCACUAUUAUCACUGUCACUACUAUCACUAUCACUGUCUACCAGCACUGCCACUACCGUCACUAUUAUCACUAUCACUACUGUCACUAUUAUCACUAUCACUACUGUCACUAUUAUCACCACUAUCACUACUGUCACUAUUAUCACUAUCACUGCUGUCACUAUUAUCACUUUCACUAUUAUCACUAUUAUCACUAUCACCACUGUCACCGUCACUACUAUCACUGUCUACCAGCACUGCCACUACUGUCACUAUUAUCACUGUCACUAUUAUCACUGUCUACCAGCACUGUCACUAUUAUCACUAUCACUAUUGUCACUGUCUACCAGCACUGUCACUAUUAUCACUAUCACUAUUGUCACUGUCUACCAGCACUGUCACUAUUAUCACUGUCACUAUCACUACCAUCACAGCCAUCACUACAGUCACAGCCAUCAUCACUAUCACUACUACCACCGUUACUAUCACUAUCAUCACUAUCACUAUUAUUACUGUCACUAUCACUAUUAUUGCUAUCACUACCGUCACUAUUAUCACUAUCACCGUCACUACUAUUACUGUCACUACCAUCACAACUGUUACUGUCGCUGUCACUACUAUCACUAUCACCAUCACUACUAUUACUGUCACUACCAUCACAACUGUUACUGUCGCUGUCACUACUAUCACUGUCACUACCAUCACAACUGUUACUGUCGCUGUCACUACUAUCACUACUAUUACUGUCACUCACUACUAUCACUAAUACCACCAUCACUAUCACCGUCACUACUAUUACUGUCACUAUCACUACUGUCACUAUCACUAUUAUUAUUGUCACUACCAUCACUACUAUUACUAAUACUUUAUGUCACUACUAUCACCAUCACUACUAUCACACUAUUACUGGCACUACCGUCACUACUAUCACUACUACUACUAUUAUUGUCACUACUAUCACUACUUUUACUAUUACUACUGUCACUACUAUUACUGUCACUACUAUUACGACUACUAUCACCAGCACUACCAUCACUACUGUCACAGCCAUCAUCACUACCAGCACUAUCACUACUGUCACAGCCAUCAUCACUACCAGCACUAUCACUACUGUCACAGCCAUCAUCACUACCAGCACUAUCACUACUGUCACAGCCAUCAUCACUACCAUCACCACCAGCACUAUCACUAUUGUCACAGCCAGCAUCACUACCAUCACCACCAGCACUACUGUCACUACCAUCACUACUGUCACAGCCAUCAUCACCACCAGCAAUACUGUCACAGCCAUCAUCACUACCACCACCAGCACUACUGUCACAGCCAUCAUCACUACCAGCACUACUUUCGCAGCCAUCAUCACCACCAGCACUACUUUCACAGCCAUCAUCACUACCAUCACCACCAGUCACAGCCACCGUCACUACCAGCACUCUGUCACGGCCAUCAUCACCAUCACCCACCACCAGCACUACCAUCAUCACUACCAGCACUACUAGCCAUCAUCACCACCAGCACUACUCACAGCCAUCAUCACUACCAUCACCACCAGCACUACUGUCACAGCCAUCAUCACCACCAUCACCACCAGCACUACUGUCACAGCCAUCAUCACCACCAUCACCACCAGCACUACCAUCACUACUGUCACUACCAUCAUCACUACAUCACUACUGUCACAGCCAUCAUCACUACCAUCACCACCAGCACUACUGUCACAGCCAUCAUCACUACCAUCACCACCAGCACUACUACUGUCACAGCCAUCAUCACUACUAUCACCACCAGCACUACUGUCACAGCCGUCACUAUCACCACCAGCACUACUGUCACAGCCAUCAUCACUACUAUCACCACCAGCACUACUGUCACAGCCAUCAUCACUACCAUCACCACUGUCACUACUGUCACAGCCAUCAUCACUACCAUCACUACUUUCACUACCAGCACUACCAUUACUAUCACUACUGUCACCACUACUACCAGCACUACUAUUACUACCAUCACUACUGUCACCACCACCAUUACUACCAUUACUACCCAAUGAGUGACGGGGCAGUAUCGCUAGUCUCACCGUAUUGUAUGUCUCACCGUAUCCAGCGUAUCGCUAGUGUUACCCAAUCAUUAGUCUCACUGUAUCGGGCGUAUCGUUAGUCUGGCCGUAUCGCUAGUGUCAACCAAUCGUUAAUCUUACCGUAUUAGGCGCAUUGUAGGUCUCACCGCAUCGGGCGUAUCAUUAGUCUAACAGUAUCUCUAGUCUUGGCGUAUCGUUAGUCUCAUCGCGUCUGCCGCGUGGCUGGUCCCACCGCAUCGUUGGUUUCACCCUGUGGGCAGUGUGGCUAGUCUCGCCGUUUCGUUGGUCUCACAGUGUAGGCCAUAUGUCUAUUGUCACCGUAUGGUUGGUCUCACCGUGUCGGCCAUAUAGCUAGUCACAUAAAGUACAGAUUUAGCUGUUUAAAUAUCAAGUAUCUUCUUUCAUAAAAGAAACGAAAAGUCCCUAUUAUAUUCUCUAUAAAUUUUCAUCAUAUUUUUAGUUGUUUUUACAUUUUUUCACAUCUCAGGAUCCAAAAAGUCUUUGUACUGAAUGCACGGCGCAGUAACUAAGAUACCAUGUCAUGCUGCAGCAAUAAAAUACGCUUCAUAGAGAAUCAUUGAGUCUGAUUCUUCUCUACAAAAAACACUGUGUUGGCUUUGAGCAUGCGCUCAUAGAAUGAGAAAAAACAUUGGUUUUCUGGCAGGUGGGGGGUUGAACUUGAAGCCUUAUAAAAGUCCAAAUUUCUUCAAAAAAAACAGCACUUCCAUACAGUAAGAAAGAGGGGACCUUCAGUAAAUCCAUGGAUUGCUUUGUAAAUCUCGAGUUUUCUUUUACAUAUUCAUAAGCAUAGGACUCCUCAAAAAGAAUUGCCUUGACAUCAGCAACGGUGAGACUAGCCACACGACCGAAAAGGUGAGACUAGCCAUACUGCCAACGUGGUGAGACGAACGAUAAGGUGAGACUAGCCAUACUGCCAACGUGGUGAGACGAACGAUAAGGUGAGACUAGCCAUACUGCCAACGUGGUGAGACUAGCCAUACUGCCAACGUGGUGAGACGAAUGAUAAGGUGAGACUAGCCAUACCGACAACGUGGUGAGACUAGCAAGCUGACAUCUCGUUUUCAUUCACGUGGCUGAAAAGCUAGUCAUAAUUAUGCACUAGAAUUUGUUAUAGUGCACAGAGGAGUUUUUGUCUGUUGAGAAAAGAAUUGUUUUGUAUAAUUGUUAAAUUAGUCAUUACUCUGCAUAUACUCUGCAUAUAAUGUUUGUUAAUCGUGAGCUGCCUAUGAAUGAAUAACUGUAUUAUCACUCAGUCAGAAACUGUAGUGCAUAGUGUUAUGUGAAUAGAUGCAUCUUUUUUAACUUUCCAAGUGUGCCUGGACUCCAUACGUCAGACUUCUGAAUUUAGAUUGCGGUAUCCUUGGUAUUUAACCCUCAUCUUCCCAUCUGGCUGCAGAGUGGUUCACUAGAGGGAGAGGAAAGAGGUGUGCAGGCUUGGCUGAGAAUUCUUCAAUGGGCUGUUGUGGAUAGAACUGUAUGUCAUUGUUCAGGUGCCAUGGGCAGCUGGGGAAACUAGUUCAUACAUAUCCCGCAGAUAAGAUAUCUAAUGCAAAUAUUAUUCCACAUUUUAACUGUCUGGGAGGGAGUGUUCCGUCUGUAUUCACAGUAAUUAAGAGAUAAGCAAAUCAGAACUUGGUGUUCUGACUCAUAUGAACAUCUUUGUGCCUAGGCCAAAAUGUGAAUCCCCAGCCGUUCUUAAUUUCUCAAUGAACUUUGUCAAUCUAACAUAUGGCAAAGCAUCGUGGGAUUUAUAGUUCAGUAGAAGCCGGGAUCUUCCUCUUGGCUGCUUGUACUUCAGACUAAAAGAAGUAAUUUUAUAAAUGUAUGCAGCCUGUGCAUGCUCUGGGAAAUGAAUAUUCACACUUUACAUUGAAUCAGACCUUUUCUAGUUAAAUCUCUCACAUGAAGCUUGAUAUUUUGUUAAGGAAGAAUGCUGUCAGUAGUGGAGAGGUAUUGUAAACCAUUGGGCUGGAACUUGCUAUUGCUCUUAUGUGUAGAACUUGCCUCAUCGCUUUUUCCAUCUAGUCCGCAUGGAAUCUGAAGAGUUCUUUUGGUGCCUUAUUUCUGUGAACGUUUAAGGUGGAAUUCUCACUUGUGGAACCUUUGGAGCUAUUUUGCUGUAUUCUGGUACCCUGGGGCGUAUUUAGGACAGUAUUCUUACCUGAUGAUCUGCGCCCUCCAUGCUACCAUAUCUUACACUGAUGUCUCUUUGGCUCCAGUUGUCUACACUAGUGAUUGUCCCGUCAGUGAUGCACGCUCACAGGUGUGCAAGAAAUGGCAAGAUGUGGUGAGAGAAGUUGACCUUGUUUUGUUUUAAAGAAAGAUUCUGUCCUGAAAAACUAUAAAUUGGCAGUGCUGCUUAUCAAAGCUGAUGUAUCAAUUCUUCGGUUCGCAUGUUUUUAGUUCCUCAUGUGUUUGUCUCAGGACCCACACAGUACAUUAUUAAAAUUUAUAUCAUCCUUAUUCUAAACAGUGAAUUUUUACUGCUAAUUGUUCCGUGUUAAUAUCUUCCAACAUCUCAAAUGGAGAGAGAGACACUUCCACUGUAGAGUAAGAUAGCAAUCAAAACCUGUCUUUCUAUCCAAUAAUGGAUGAAUUAUUGUUUUUGUGAGUUUCCUUACUAAACCAGGAAUUAUGGGAAUUGCAAGGUGUAGGCCAGGAGACUCCAAAACUCUAGUUGAGCUGCAGAAAUAUCCUUUCUGGUUUCCCAACUCCAGGUUUAAUGAAUAUAGCCUUUGUGUUUUGCUUCUCAUUCUUGUUCUUAUGCGUUGCAACAUUCUUCAUGCUCUGUGCUCAUAACCCAAAUGCUUCUCGAUCUUGUCUUUACGAGUGGUUUGCACAUGGGCCGUGUGUUUUCCUAUAGUAAAGCUGGUUAAACAAGUGCGAUAGACACCUAAGCUUUUCUAAAUCCUUAAUCCAUAAAGAAUUGCCUCCUUCUCCAUUUAGAUCUUUGUAACCACAGCUGCAGAGGGAUUCUAAGUGGCUAUUGCAGUUACAGGAAUUUGCCUGAUGCAGAUCUCUGAGAAAUUCUCAUUGUUGGCCCGAUGCCUGCGGUGCUGUGAAUGAGCAAGUAUGCUGACUCAGUAUAGCACGUCAUGCUAUUAAUGCAGAGCUUGCCUUUCUUCAGUACUGAAAACCUCAAAUAAAACACAUUUUUUAAAUUCUGUUCUUUUGUUACACGUGCUAGUUAAGUCCAGUUAGCCAUUACAUCAGUAAACAAUUAACUCUUUAGCUGCCAGAGUAGUUAGUGAUUCGUGGCAAGUGGUUGAAUCAUUUUACCAGCACUGACUAACUAAUUGACUCAUCUGUUUAUUUAAGGUUUGCCCUAUUAUGAACAACAACUCUGGCACAAGUGCACAACCCAUCUGCAAGGAAGCAACUUCAUUUCUACAUUGCCCGGCACCAGCCCACCUGGUUCUUUCUACCUGUAUAGCAUGCUCUUCCAGCUGUUUGGAAUCAGUCAAUCACCUUCUCAUUUCACUUGUUAUCAGUUACGGAUUGAUUCGCUUUAUCAUCAUCUACAACUUCCUCUGCUACCUCUUGUCUCAUCUCCCCAUUUUAACUUUUAGAUUGUAAAAAGCACAAAAUAUAAAAAGGAAGAGAUAAUUCAGUGCUUGUAGAUACUGGUACAUUUCAUUGGGGCAGCCUAACAUCUAAUCUGGUACAAGUCCAAGUCAAAUAUAGCGGAUGGGUUGGUGGUGGUGUUAUCUUUUGUAAUUCCUCAGAUGUAUAUGCAAAAAAUAGAAGACAGACAAAAAGAAGAAACGAGCUGAUAGUGUAGUAUAUUUUUAUAUUGUUUGGAGAGAUGUAAUCAGCAAGAUGAGCACUUACACUUUUCUGGAGCUUCAAUUCAUCUCCAACUUGAAUAAUCCCCGCCUAAGGAUAUGGUGUAAUAGUGAUGCAGCAAGCAGUCUUUCUGGUAGCAGAUCUAUUCGUUGGACAAAUAUAAGUACGUGCACACCUAUACAUACAUACACGCACAGGCACUAAUACAUGUACAUAUACAGACCUAUAUAUAUGUACAUUGUAUUUAUCUGUAUAUCGUAUGUACUUGUGUCUGUGUAUGCUGGAUAUAGGCGUUCAUGCACAUUCUGGAACUCUUGGGUGGGAAUUCAUGCAUUCUUAAUCGAAGUAAUAUUUUCUAUUUUUUUUUUUUUACUUUCCCCUUUUAGCACCAUCUCCUGCGCUGUUUGCUUGUUUUUUUUCUCUCUCUCCACCUUUGUCCAUUUUUUCUCUAUUGGAUCCACCACCAUACAUUCAGGAUUGGGACAGAUCAUUGACACUUAGAGUAUACUUUAGGAACUCUGCUACACAGAUUACUGACAUCUAUGUACUUUAGUGUAUUGAGUUAUAUAUUUAUGGUGAUUUGGCGCUAAGCACUUUAAGGAAUGUUUUGCACUUUAUAUACAAUGCCCGUAUUUGAUAUCAAAUUCCUCCUUGCUUGUCGUAUGGGAGAUGCUUGUGAUGCCGGAUUCUUGUGUCCUGUUGUUCCGGCAUCCAUAGCAACUCCCACAAUUAAAGAACCCUCUCUUGCUAUUAUCCUCCUUGGUGCUCUUGGGGCCCUUUAUAGUUAGAGCCAACAUGGUUUAGUGAAUUGGAGUCUUUGAAUAUAUAAUUCUUAGUCUACCUAACCUCUUUCUGAGAAUCUGGUCACCGUUAAGAAUAUUCCAAUGGCUGUUUAGUAUUUUCUUCACCUGGUUUGUUUGCUGAAUCUUGUUAUAAAUGCCGGAACUUCAACUGUAUUCGUCUCCUUAGAUUGUAAGCUCACAGACAGGGACCUACCUUUUUUUAUUUGUCUGUUUUGUUGUAUUGUCUUUUACCCAAUUGUACAGCGCUCCGGAAUGUGUUGGCACUUUAUAAAGAAUAAAUAGCCUGUAAAAUGUGCUCAUAGUAUGAUCCUGGUGGAUUUUCUCUGGCUUCUGAAGCCUCAACCUACAUAAAAUCCCAAUAUAAAUUCAUUAUAGUCUAAUCGCACAUGACAUCCCAGAAUGCAGGGCUUCAGUUAAAUUGAAUUUUGGAAGAAAGAUAAUUUGUAAUCUGAUUCCUUGAAGAUCUGUCAAACAUAACAGUACUUUUUUAAAUCAUCAUUUUUUUUUUUUUUCCCCGCAGGAUUUUUAACAUUAGAUUUACGUAUUCCAUACCUUUUGGUACAUGUUUGUGAGAACUUAAUUUUUUUUUAAAAUAUCCCAAAUGGCACUAUCCCAAAUCCCUCUGCACAUUUAAAUAACUGGAGGUUUUUACUAUCACUCCAAUGGCCGUUGGGCAUACUUCUUAUGUGAGUACUACACUAAAAGGCAAAAUCUCUGAGACAGAAAGGGGUAUUGUUAUGAAGCUCUAAAUACUUACCAGGCUCUUACAGAACACACAUGGUGUUAGGGACAGUACUGUAACAUGGCUGUGUAAAACAACACACACAAUUAAACCUUUGCCUCAAACUCCCACUACUCUUGAACGGUAGCAAUGGCUGUAGAUUCCAUCACAAUAGUUUAGUUAUAGCUUCCUUGGGUUUGGCAGUUUCCUUAUUGCUAUUAAAUUGAGCCAAGCUUCUGUUAUUCUCUGUCCUUUGCCCUGUUUAUUGCAUAGUGAUCAUGUUCCAAACUGGGCUUUCAGUUGAGCAAGACAAGACAUUUCUGCAUUAUUCUCUGGAUUCUGCCUUUACAACUUUUCUUUUUAAAUAAAGGAAUUAUUUCGCCUUUUUUUGUGGCAUAAUUGGAAAUGGCUAAGAAUGGAUUAUUUAAAAAAAUAUAUAUAUAUAUUUUUGGGGGGUCAACAUCAUAAAAGGAUGGGUUUCAAAGUUGAACUUAAUGGGUCUUUUUUAUUUACUUAUUUUACUCCCCAACAUCUACAACUUUGUAACAUUGUCUGCUCAUUGUUUAUUUAAAGAUAAAUUGACAUCAGCUCAGCUUGUGGCUUUAACUGGAGGAUAUGAGCAGCCAAUGGAAGCGUAAAAUGCACACUUUAUUCUGGCUGCUGACAUAUCUAGUUACUUGGUUGUUCUGAAAUCUCGGGUGACUGUUCUCUCAUUAAAGUGCUGAUUCUAAUGAUUUAGGAGGAAUGUGUAGCUUUAUGUUCUGCAGAUUCAAAACUCAACAAAUUAUGGGUUUUUGUUAAUUUGUUUUAUAGGUAAAUUUUGCAUUUGCUAGAUAAUUUUCCAUUUUCUUUUCCUUUUUAGGUUCGUUAAACAUCGUAAAUGAUGUCCAGCAGCCCUCUCCAAACCACUGUGUUUAAUUCUUCACUGGGGAGAACCAGGUGAAAUGGAACUUCAUGGCAUCUGUAGAGCCUGACCUGUACAGUAGGUGCGGGGGAUGUAAAAAUCAGAAGCUGUUGAUGCCUCCUCAACCCACGGAAGUGAAAAGUAGGAUUCGUGUCUACCAAUCCCCUCAGAUUUGGAGCUUGGAGAAAAAGUGUAGCGAUGCCAUACACGCUCUCCAAAAAAAACCAGUAGGAUCUAAUGCAUACCAUCUGUGCUUUGAUUGCCAUAACACUGCACCUUCUACUUCCCCAUCAUCUCCUUUACUCACGGCACACAAUACAAAAUCAUCACGUAAUCUUCCUGAAAGGACGUUUGUUUUCCAGCGACCAGUGAGUGGCCAUAAACCAUAUCAGAAGCUUGAAUCAUUGUGUUUGAGGCCAAAGAGUGUUGACCAGAGGCCUUACUCUACUUCUUCUCCAAUCAGAUACCCACAUUCUACACCUGCUAGUUAUUUUGGUACGACUGGUGCCAUGACCACCUCAUUGAUGGAUCAAUUCCUUUUGCCAAGUGCAACUGGAGAUCAACUGGAAUUAAGUCCAAGGAGACCAUCAAGUGUUGUUCCAAAGCUGCCUUGUGAAUCUACAAGACCAUCUCUGAAUACAAACUCAUUCCUGCGUCCCAGUAGUGCUAAAGUGCCUUUGCAUCCACACCAAGGGAACAAGAAGACAUACACCUGCCCUGUUGGCACUAAUUCUUCUUCCUGGCACAAUGGUGGGACCGGAGAAUUGGGCCAGUUGAAUGGUAAUAUUCAGUGUCUCUCCCACCACUGCACAACAACACUGAAAUUCCCCCAACCUCCUACUUCACCCAAUAUCGUCCAAGGAUCAAGCCGAAUGGAGCCAACUGCCUGGGAGAUACUUGAACAUGGUAGCAAAAUGGACACUUUACCACACAGAAUUCAUCUAACUGAAGCUGUGAAAAAUUUAGUACAAAGCAGAAAUGUAUUAAAAAGCAAUAUUGCUCCCCACGUUGAAGCAGCUUCUAAUAUGGCCUUCAGUAAAGACAGUGUUCUUGCCAACUGCAAUAAAGUAACCUCUCCCUUAUGCUCAGGAAGCCAAAAAGAAUUAAUUCCUGGUACCUAUGUGUCUGAUGGGGCUUUCGUGAAUGGUAGCUUAAAUAUUGCUAGUGGUGCCAUUGACUGUGCCAAGUUAGCUGUUGAUGCUAAUGUUUCUAAUCCAAAUAUCCACCGUCAAACAGUUAGUGCCCCUGCCUUGAAGAGAGAGAGCCAUCAGCCUGCAAUGCUUCAGAAAUCUCAAGGAGUGACCAUAACCGUGAUGGCCACACAGAUCUCUACCAUCCAUCUGAACAAAACGCAUAGGGUCCCAGAAAUUCCAGUGCAGUCUGAGAGUGUUUUACACAAACUGGAGUAAGUAUUUUCAAAGAUAUGGCAGUUAUAAAAGCUGUACACAAUAUUUUAUUCUUGUGACAAUAUCAUUUUUUAAGGCAAUCAGUUGAUUUAUAAUUCUGACCACAUGCUGUAUUGUAUUGGUUUCCCGUACAGACAACCUUUGCCAAAUUGUGAGCUGGAGGGUGCCGAAGAAGAGCUGCCUGAUGGUUUGGAUGACCGUCAGGAGGAAGAGGAGGAGGAGGAGGAAGAGGAUAUGGAAGAUGAGGAUGGUGAAGAUGGAGGUAGUUUUACUUCAAAUAAAGUAUAUGGUUUCAAUCUUUUUGCUGCCGUGAAGCAGGAGUACCAAUUAGUAUUUAAUUGCCCCACCUCACGUUCUGGAUAAGUAGAAUCGAAAACUUAGACUUGACCUCCCUUUUUUUUUUCUCCCACUUGUGUGUUUUAUUAAUUAGACUUCAAGCUCCUUAGUAUCUGCCAAUAGGCUCUUAUGGGUACUUUCCAUUGUUCUCAAUAAAUACAUAUAUUUUCAAUGCUGGAGUAUUAAAUGUACUGCCCCUCCAUACGUGUAAAAAUGAUCUCCUGGGGGUCGGGGGCCUCUGCACACUGUGCUUAUCAUAGAGAAUCAUUAAAUGCAGUGGUUUGUGAUGGGGCACAAAGCAGACAGGGAGAGCAGCAUGUAUGAAACAUGACCAUACUAUAGUUAUUUUGCCAAGUGAUUGAGAGGGCAGAGCGUUAUCCUAAUCGCCUGAAAUACGUCUUCAUUCCUCUUACUGCAGACACACCUGAUGGCUCAUUGAUCUACAGCUCUUCGGACACAUUGCUUUCUGCAGUAUCCAGGUAUAGUCCAUGUGUAGUUUCAUGCUGAUAGGAAUUGUAUUCUUUAUGGAAAAAUUGCCUUAAACUUGGAUUCGUUUUCCAUUAUUAUUACCUGCACGUGCUUCUUCAUACAUAAACAAUUUUGUGCCUUGCAUGUCCCAGCUUGUACCAGUAUAUUUGUCCAGUGAGCCAAGUUUUCUUUGUUACUGAAAUACAGCUCUUUCUCAAAGGCAAUGUCCGGAGAAUGUUCCUGUAAAUGGAGGUUCUGUUGUAAGACCCGCUCUAACCAAUAGCCUCUUCCCCAACAUGCCACAGACCGUAUAUUUUGGCACUCAAGAUGAAACUGGUAAGUUUACACUCAAGAAAUGUAUAUUUUACAAUUUUUGUGUGCCGUGGCACACACUUUAACAGGACACUACCGCGAUAUUGUGUUCUCCAAUUUAAUUGCAAUCUCAAUUAUUGAGAAGUUUUAUUAUGUAUAUAGAGCAGAUUUCUUUGCAUUAUAUUUAAUGAAAGGUACAGGUUGGUUCAGAAAGGUCAGGAGUUGCAUACUUUUAUUGUUUUAUAUUAUCUCAAUCUAUUUAAAUAAUACAAGUACCAUUUACAAAUCACAUUGAACGUGGACAGGGAGGUUUAGAAAGGGAGCAGUAUAUGCUCCAUCUGCUGGUUUGGACUAAAUGUAGUUCUGUUUCCAGUAAGAAUUCUUAAUGCUAUACCAGAGUUAAUGUUGAAAGAACACAGAUACCGUGCGCAUACAGAUAAUGAACGCAAACUAAAUGGAACAGUCAAACGGAAUAUCUUUCUACAGUACACUGCUGCUCUGUGAUGCACUAAUAUGUUUUGGUUUUGUGGGAAGAUCUAACCAUUACAUUUGAGCAGGAUUUUGCUGCAUUCUGGUAAAUAUUGAUGUCCAAACCCUCCACACAAAUGUUCAGUGUUUUAGAAUAGCACUAUCUGUUUCACAGAGCCCACAAGUCUGUCACCUUGUUAGAUUAACAAAAAUAAUCCAAAUUAAGUACUGGAUAUUCCUUUUGAUGGUUUGUAAUAGUCACUAUACGGAUAGAUUGCCCAGAUCAUGUCAUCACUUUCAGCCACCACCAAACCACAGUGCACUAGGAAUAGCAUCCCUUUACAAAUCAUUUUAUUAAUAUGUCCCUAUAUUAUUCAUGAAAACAAAUGAAGAUGAGGGUUAAAUUUUAAAAAAUUGCAAAUAAAGUAAGCAGAUGCCAGUUACAGAAUCACAAGUGUGUGUGUGUGUGUGUGUGUGUGUUGGAGUCUCUCUGCUAGAUUAUUCUUUUAGUCUACACAGUAUAGAAGAUUUGAUCUCCUCUCUUUGCAGUGCAGAGAUUACCAUGGGCACAACGGAAGCUGCUGAAAUGGCGAAUGAGCACAGUGACUCCUAAUGUCGUGAAAAUAGCUGUUACAAGAUCCCACUUCCGAGUUACCAAAAGUGAGAAGCCAAAUGUUUGCCUCACAAUUCCUCAUCAACUGCUCCACUGUUCCUUUAAAUAAAUAGUUCUAACACAUUUAGCAAGCUGGAUUUACAUCUCACAUUCCUUUACCGUGUCUCCCCUCCACUUAUUGGCUAUUUUAGCUACCACCUGCCCUCACUGUAAAUAAGUUUUCUCGAACUAUAUCAGAUCUAUAGGUGAUAAUGGUAAUAAAGCACCCCGGAUCUCUUCCAGUCUAUACCUGUCUGCUUUUAUAUUUUCUGACCCCAUUUUAUUCGAAUAUACUGCAGCUUUAUUGCUUCAUACUGCAUGUGCAUAGUCCCAGUCCCACAUUUGAAUGACUUUCUAGCAAUGCUGAGUAUUGAUCUUGUUGACCUGUAAAAUGAUUAUUUUUCCAAACUUGUUUUCUGAUCGUAGAAAAUCAUGAUUGGCUUGGAUGCUGGGGUCACCAUAUGAAAUCUACAGCUUUUAAGACCAUCCAAGCACAUCAGAAGGUACGUUUCUGUUACAGGUUAUAUGUUAGUGCGUCUGACAUACCAUAACGUUUGUACUAUACAUUGUGUUAUCCUAAUUUCUCACAAUUUGAUUACAUUGCGUACUUCUCUGUUGACACAAUAAAGGUCGUUUUAAUGGGUUGCCUGUUUCUGCACCCAAUAAUAUUUUGCGGUUAGUCUCUGCCUUUCAUAAACCAGGGAGAAAACUUUAGAGAACUAGAAUAUUAACAAAUAUAUGUUGUUUGUUUUCUUUGAACUGUUUAGAGCAGUGUUAGUCAACCUUUUUCUACCUACCGCCCACUAAUGCAUCUUUUUUGUUGAAAAAAUUUCCUUACCGCCCACAAGUGCAGAAUAUUUUUUAGAAAGGAGUGUUUUUUUAAAAAAAAUGUACGUACAUUAUCUUUUUAUUUCUACUUAAUGCAUGUUUAUAAUGUUUUUAACUUUAUAAAGUUUAAUGAGAAAACCAUAAAGUAAAUUCAAAUUACCUUUACUAGUGAUUAAUGAGAUCCUUGAGGUUGAUGCUUCGAGACUAAAUAUUUGAUAUCUGGCUUGAUCUUCGUAAGGAACAAACGAAGGUCUUCUCUGUUGGCGCAUAAUACGAUUUCUCAUCUGUGUGUCAGCUCAAUUCCCCAUCCCCCCCCCUUUUUUUUUUUUAAACCUUCCUUAUACUAAUGCCCAGUAGGAAGGCUGAGCUAUGCAGCCCGCUUACUAUUACUUACUAUAGCCCACUAUAACAGACAGGCAUACAGACAUACACACAUACAGACAUACACACAUACAGACAUACACACAUACAGACAUACACACAUACAGACAUACACACAUACAGACAUACACACAUACAGACAUACACACAUACACACAUACACAGACACAUGCAUAGAGACACACAACAGACAUGCAUACAGACACACAACAGACACGCAUACAAAGGCACAUACACACACAACACAUACAGACACAAGACAUACAUACAAAGACGCAUACACAAACAAACACACACAAAAUAUUUUAGUCACCCUCCUGUUUCCUACCUUUUACGGUGCAGGAGGGUGACUUUCCCUGGGGUCCAGUGGUAGCUCAGGUGGAUGGGAGUCAGAGGUUCCCACUCUGACUCCCUGGUCUUCCUCCCGUUGUUAGCUCUCAUUGUUAGCUGGGAGGAGUGACGUGCAGUCACUUCCUCCCAGCUCGGUGAUGUAAUCACAGGGGGUCCAGUCGCGCUGUUAAAGCGCCCAGUGCUGACCGGGCCCCCUUACAAUCCACAGCCAUCGAGUGGCCCUGACAGCAUGGGCCACCCGAUGAAACCCUCUAUAUGCGGCCGCCAGGGCAGCAAAUGGUGAUGGCGGUACCCGGUUGUAGGGGUACCGCCGGCUCGCACCCGCCCGGUCUCUCAAAAUUAUAAAAUCCCUACCGCCGCCCACCAGGUUGACGACCCAUGGUUUAGAGUAGAGUGGGGGCACAGGGAAUUGUCAAGCCAUUGGAAAGAGUUUGACUUUUAACAGUGGGACAGUGCUGUGGACCUUUGCCACCAUUACUGUUGCAGCAUAGUGCUUGUGGUUCUUAGUGCCUUGUGGUUUGUUUGUUUUUUAAAAUAUCCUAGACUGUAAUGCAAGAGGGGUAUCUGAGGAAAAAGCUAAAUACAAAUCUGUGUUCUUUCAGCUGAACCAUUUUCCAGGGACAUUCCAGAUCGGUCGGAAGGAUCGCCUGUGGCGCAACCUGUCGAAGAUGCAAGCACGUUUCGGGAGAAAAGAGUUCAACUUUUUUCCCCAGUCGUUUGUUCUACCUCAGGAUAUCAAGCUGUUAAAGAAAGCGUGGGAGGAGGGUGGCACGAGGCAAAAAUGGAUCGUGAAACCGGUAGGGAUCUUCCAGUUUUUACAGGUUUUAUGCUGGUAUUUACAAAGUUAUCUGCAGUCUGAAACACAUAUUAAAUGAUGAUUUUAUUACUAUUUGGGUUUACUGAAGAAAUAGGAGAAGAUGAGGUUUGUACGUAGAAUAAGAUUAGAGGAACUCCAUGCUGUAGUAAUUAUCUUGCCAUAAUAUACCGUAUAUACUAGAGUAUAAGCCGAGUUUUUGAGCACAUUUUUUGUGCUGAAAAAGUCCCCCUCGGCUUAUACAUGAGUCAGGGUCUGUAUUAUGGCAAUGUAGCCAUAAUACAGACCAGGAACGCCGGGUUCAUUACAGGGGGGAGUAGGAGGGGAGGAGUGAGUGAGCGGCAGCAAGCUGUUACUUACUUUUCCUGCAGCUCCCCAGUGUAAAUCUCGCGAGACCCGCAGCCGUCAGAGCGGGCCAGCCCAUACCACUGGACCACCACGGAUUAACAUAUCCCCCCUCCCUGGCCAGGUAACAAGCAGGGAGGGGGGACAAAAAAAAGUUAAAAAAAAUUAAAUAUUGAAAUAAUAAUAUUAAAAAUGCCCUCCGCCCCACCCAGUUUACACACACUUACACAAUCUGCAUCAUAUACACACACUCUGUAUCAUAUACACACACUCUGCAUCAUAUUCACACAAACUGCAUUCAUUAUAUACACACAAACUACACAAACACACACACUCUGCAUUCAUUAUAUACACACACACACUCUGCAUUCAUUAUAUACACACACACACUCUGCAUUCAUUAUAUACACACACACACUCUGCAUUCAUUAUUUACACACACUGCGUUCAUUAUUUACACACACUGCGUUCAUUAUUUACACACACACUGCGUUCAUUAUUUACACACACACACUGCAUUCAUUAUUUACACACACACACUUCGUUCAUUAUUUACACACACACACACUUCGUUCAUUAUUUACACACACACACUGCGUUCAUUAUUUACACACACACACUUCGUUCAUUAUUUACACACACACACUGCGUUCAUUAUUUACACACACACACUGCGUUCAUUAUUUACACACACACACUGCGUUCAUUAUUUACACACAAACACACUGCGUUCAUUAUUUACACACACACUGCGUUCAUUAUAUACACUACACACACACUGCAUUCAUUAUAUAUACACACUCUUCAUUAUAUACACAUACUGUAAAUAAAUAUUCAAAAACAUUUAACCUACUGAUGCCUCAAUUAAUGUAAUUUUAUUGGGAUCUAUUUUUAUUUUUAAAUUUACCAGUAGCUGCUGCGUUUCCCACCCUAGGCUUAUACUCGAAUCAAAUUUUCCCAUUUUUUUUUUCCUGCUAAAAUUAGGUACCUCGACUUAUAUUCGGGUCGGCUUAUACUCGAGUAUAUACAGUAAUUAAAAAAAAAACAUAUAUUUGUUUGUUUUUCCCCUUUGAAUAAUAGCUGGGCAUUUCAGUAUGCUGUAUCUUGAUGUUACAGCCAAUUCUACCCCAAAACACAGACGUGUUACUCUCUGUAUGUCUAUUGCUCUGAGUACCAGGCCUUGUAGGGUUUGCUAUAAACCUGAACUAAUGACCAUGUCUUCUUAUGCGUUUAGCCAGCGUCGGCCAGAGGAAUGGGGAUUCAAGUGAUACACAAAUGGAGCCAACUUCCUAAGAGGAGGCCGCUUUUGGUACAAAGGUAAGACCACCUACGUUGUAACCAGACAGGGCCUGGUAACCAGCUACUUGUUUGUUUUACAAAGUCUGUCCUUUAAUAUUACUCAAUUAAAUAGAUCAAUAAUGGAUAUUAAUGUGCAUUCUUAGAGUUAUUACAUCACUUUUAUACAUCCAACUAUUUGUGUUAAACGGCUUCUUUUUACAGAAAGUCUAUUCAUUAAAUUGUCUUUAAUACCUGGAAUUAUGGCGAUGCUGUACAUAUAGUCAGGUUUAAUUUAGUCAAAACUAAUCCUGAGCUGAGAUCUAUCUCUCAAUGUAUUUCUGGUCCUCAGGUAUUUACACAAGCCCUAUCUCAUCAGCGGGAGCAAGUUCGAUCUUCGGAUCUAUGUUUACGUGACUUCUUACGACCCCCUCAGAAUCUAUCUAUUUUCAGAUGGUUUGGUGAGAUUCGCAAGCUGCAAGUAUGUCGUGUAGAUACACUAUUGUUUCAUUUUAUUUGAUCCAUAGUUAGUCCUUUCAAUGACAUGUUGAAAAUUGGUGAAUUUUCAUUGUCCAGGUAUUCUUCCUCUAUGAAAAGUCUCAGCAAUAAAUUCAUGCACCUUACAAACUACAGUGUCAACAAAAAGAAUGUCGACUACAAGGCCAACUCCGACCAAACUGCUUGCCAGGGGCACAAAUGGUAACAAAAUCUACACUCCUUUCCUUUAUGCAGUGAUUGUUAUUGUGUGUAUCUAUAUGCCAUGUUAUGCUCUGCCUGGAGGAAGCCUGCCUGAAAGUCAACCUCUGCACCAGAAGCCAAAAAAAUAAAUUAAAAUAUUAUAUAGAAAUAUAUACACCGAACAAAAUUAUAAACACAACACUUUUGUUUUUGCCCCCAUUUUUCAUGAGCUGAACUCAAAGAACUAAGACUUUUUCUAUGUACACAAAAGGCCUAUUUCUCUCAAGUAUUGUUCACAAAUCUGUCUAAAUCUGUGUUAGUCAGCACUUCUCCUUUGCCGAGAUAAUCCAUCGACCUCACAGGUGUGGCAUAUCAAGAUUCUGAUUAGACAGCAUGAUUACUGCACAGGUGUCCCUUAGGCUGGCCACAAUAAAAGGCCACUCUAAAAUGUGCAGUUUUACCACACAGCACAAUGCCACAGAUGUCGCAAAUUAUGAGGGAGCGUGCAAUUGGCAUGCUGACUGCAGGAAUGCCCACCAGAGCUGUUGCCCAUGAAUUGAAUGUUCAUUUCUCUACCAUAAGCCAUCUCCAAAGGCAUUUCAGAGAAUUUGGCAGUACAUCCAACCAGCCCACACCAACCCAGGACCUCCACAUCCAGCAUCUUCACCUUCAAGAACGUCUGAGACCAGCCACCUGGACAGCUGCUGCAACAAUCGGUUUGCAUAACCAAAGAAUUUCUGCAGAAACUGUCUCAGGGAAGCUCAUCUGCAUGCUCGUUAUCCUCAUCGGGGUCUCGACCUGACUGCAGUUCAUCGUAACCGACUUGAGUGGGCAAAUGCUCACCUUUAAUGCCGUCUGACACUUUGGAGAGGUGUUCCCUUUACGGAUGAAUCCCGAUUUUUCACUGCAGGGCAGAUGGCAGACAAGUGUGUAGGGCGUCAUGUGGGUGAGCGGUUUGCUGAUGUCAACGUUGUGAUAGAGUGGCCCAUGGUGGCAGUGGGGUUUAUCACACGGGCAGGUGUAUGUUAUGGACAACGAACACAGGUGCAUUUUAUUGAUGGCAUUUUGAAUGCACAGAGAUCUUGUGACGAGAUCCUGAGGCCCAUUGUUGUGCCAUUCAUUGACAACCAUCACCUCAUGUUGCAGCAUGAUAAUGCAUGGCCCUAUAUUGCAAGGAUCUGUACACAAUUCAUGGAAGCUGAGAACAUCCCUGUUCUUGCAUGGCGAGCAUACUCUGCAUGCAUUGAGCAUGUUUGGGAUGCUCUGGAUUGGCAUAUAAGACAAUGUGUUCCAGGUCCUGCCAAUAUCCAGCAACUUCGCACAGCCAUUCAAGAGAAGUGGACCAACAUUCCACAAGCCACAAUCAACAACCUGAUCAAUUCUAUGCCAAGAAGAUCAACUCUAUGCGAAGGAACAGAUUUUCGAACCGCCCCUCAACCCCCAAUACAGUAAAACUGCACAUUUUAGAGUGGCCUUUAAUUGUGGCCAGCCUAAGGCACACCUGUGCAAUAAUCAUGCUGUCUAAUCAGCAUCUUGAUAUGCCACACCUGUGAGGUGGAUGGAUUAUCUCGGCAAAGGAGAAGUGCUCACUAACACAGAUUUAGACAGAUUUGUGAACAAUAUUUGAGAGAAAUAGGCUUUUUGUGUACAUAGAAAAAGUCUUAGAACUUUGAGGUCAGUUUAUGAAAAAUGGGGGCAAAAACAAGUGUUGUGUUUAUAAUUUUGCUCAGUGUGUGUGUGUAUGUAUGUAUGUGUGUAUGAUAUACUUUCUCCAGGCUGAGCAUGUUGGUACAUACUACAUAUUGUGCAAAGGCAUUUUCUUUGAGAGGGAAAGUAUGGGAAGAAUCCACGAUACAAAUUUAACGGUGGUAUAAAUAUUUGCUGUAUAUUUGAUAGUUAUUUACUAGCGCGGUGUAUACAGGACAACUUGAAAGUCCAAGUAAACAACCCAGAUUUGUGUGACAGUUAAGAUGUAUAGUCUUGCCAUUACCUUUUUGUAAUGGAGCAAAGAAUUGGUGUAAUAUAAGGCAAAACAGGCCAUAGGUGUUUUUUUUGGUCUAUAAUAACGAUGAUAUUCUAAGAUUUAGACUCUUCCAGAUCUUUUGUGGGUUCGUGACUUUUGACUUGUCUUAUAAAUUGUGCUUCUUGUCCUCAUAUUCUCAGAUUACAGUUGGAUCUACGUUCUUUCUAACAGGCUGUUCAUUUAAAGCUCCAGAAAGACACGUGUUGGCAAUAUAAGGCACCGUACAUUAAUAACAUCAAACCCCUCUUUCCGUAGGGCACUGAAGGCAUUGUGGAGUUACCUCAACCAGCAUGGUUUCAGUAGUGAUAAAAUCUGGGAGAAGAUCAAAGACAUGGUGAUAAAGACAGUUAUUGCGUGAGUCUAAUUGGGCAGUAAGCUUGGCAUGGACUUCCCAUCCCUGUGUAAUGCGCUUCACGUUAUCAGUGGGUUACUGUGAACUAGCAUGGUCACAUGUUCUACAGCACAGGGCUAGUGUACACUAAGGUGCAUUGAGGUGUUGCCUAGAUUAUCGUAAAUGUUUUUUAUUUAAAUAUAGUAAAAUCUUACCUUUUUACAGUCUACUGAUGCUGGCUCUGCCCCGAUCUGCCUCCUUAACUGACAUCAUCAGAAGUGAUGAAUUCCCAUAGGAAAGCAUUGGAUUGGCUGAGAUUGCCAAGGAGGCAUUCCCGGGGCACAGUCAAACGCUGCCCUGGCCAAUCAGCAUCUCCUCAUAGAAAUGAAUAAAUGCAUCUCUAUGAGGAAAGUUAAGUGUCUCCAUGCAGAGGGUGGAGACACUGAAUGAUAGUGUUGUACACUGUGCAUCCCUGGCCCAGGAAGCACCUUUGGUAGCCAUCUGAGAGGCCAGUGGAGGUCUUCCUAGGCUGUAAUGUAAAUACUGCAUUUUCUCUGAAAAGACAGUAUCUACUGCAAAAUGCCUGCAGGGACAGAGUAUACUCACCAGAACAACUACAUUAAGCUGUAGUUGAUCUGGUGUUUAUAGUGUGCCUUUUUGUCAUGUUUGGUUUAAGAUGGGAUUGAGAAAAGAAAGUUUUAAAAAAAACAAAACACUCCUGUUUUUAUGGAAUUGAAAUUAGUCAUUCAUUAAUAUGCGCAUUGCAUAGCAUGGCCAGUUUUAGGUAGAAAUACAAGUUUAAUUCAUACACAGUUCUAGCUAAAUCGCAAAGAAUUACAUUGAUUCCCAUCUGAAGAUUGCUUCUGCCUUCUCCUACAUGACUGCUGCAGAUUGUCAUUAAACUUUAUAGAGUUUCCAGUCCUGCAAAAGAGGAGCACAAAUACCUCUUAACUGUGUAGCUUACCAUAGGUGCAGAAUGUGCCCGGGCUGUCUGGUCAAAAUUCACACAUUGGAUCAAACCGUUUUAAAUGUCUCUUUCCCACCCAACUACUCUCAACCGCUCUCUGCGUGCUGAUAAUGCCUAAUCCUUGUGUGCAAUUUGUCUUUUUGUUGACUUCAAUAUGAGUUGUUUUGUUUUUCUUGCUUAGUUCGGAGCCCUACGUAAACAGCUUGGUGAAGAUGUACGUGCAGAAGCCAUACAGCUGCCAUGAACUCUUCGGGUUCGAUAUAAUGCUGGAUGAGAACCUCAAGCCGUGGGUUCUAGAAGUCAAUAUAUCUCCCAGGUAA